GACAGGAGCUGUUCUCAUCCUCCUUCUCUGACAACUGAAUCUCAUCUCAAGCUCCUCUCGGAGUUAGUUUAUUGUGGCUUCAAAGAAGAAGAAGAAGAAGAAGAAGAAGAAGAAGAAGAAGAAGAAGAAGAAGAAGAAGAAGAAGAAGAAGAAGAAGAAGAAGAAGAAGACGACCCCGGAUCUACUAGCAGCAGCGGGUCCUCUAACGUACACCGACCUCCCGGCUCGGGAGCUGCCUGCAUCCGAUAAGAGAUCUCGAGGAGCACAUCCAGCGUGGAGGAGGGAGCGAGGAGAGAGGAGUCGUGUAGGAGGGAGGAAGCACCAAGGGAGGAACCGGGCCAGGGACACGGGGCUUCACGCGCUGCAGAACCAGGAGAGCUUCACACGGAACCGAGGAGCCGAACAGACACCAGCAGCCCGACUCCCCUCACUCCCCCCGGGACUACUUCCUCUCCUCCCCGUGUUGCUCGGCGGCUCGCAGAGCUCCUGGUCCCGCGCGUCAUCUGGAGAGCUGCGCGUCAGGAUGCGCGCGUGUCCGCUGCUGGUCUUCCUCUGGCUGCUGUGCGCUGCACGCGCUCAGAAGUUCUCUGCUCUCACGUUCCUGCGUGUGGACCAGGACAAGGAGUGCAGCAUGGAGUGCAGCGGAGCUCCUCGUAAGCCCCUGUGCGCUUCCGACGGCAGGACCUUCACCUCUCGCUGCGAGUUCCUCCGAGCCAAGUGCCGCGACCCCCAGCUGGAGGUCAUUCGAGGGCCGUGCAAAGACACAUCCAGAUGUGUAGCAGAGAAGAAGUACACGGAGCAGCAGGCCAAGAAGCUCUUCCCCCAGGUCUUUGUGCCGGGGUGCAACCCCGACGGCACGUACAGCGAGGUCCAGUGCCACAGCUACACCGGGUACUGUUGGUGUGUCACUCCAAACGGCCGGCCAAUCAGCGGCUCGGCAGUGGCCAAUAAGAAGCCUCGAUGCCAAGGUUCAAAACAAGAGCGAGCGACCACGAGAGAGCCGGGGAAAGCAGUCUCUUUGCAAAUAUUCUCCAUUCUACAUGCAGAUGAGACCGGCCUGGUGGUGGACCCGCAGCCUGCAGGCGACGAGGAGGACAUCGUCUCCCAGUACCCCACCCUGUGGACGGAGCAGGUCCGCAGCCGGCAGAACAACAGAACCAGAGCGCCAUCCUCGUCAUGUGACCAGGAGCAGCAGUCAGCCCAGGAGGAGGCGAGGCAGCACAAGAACGACGCCAUAUUCGUCCCGGACUGUGCCCAGGGGGGCCUGUACAAGCCGGUCCAGUGCCACCCCUCCACCGGCUACUGCUGGUGUGUGCUGGUGGACACGGGACGGCCCAUACCUGGGACCUCCACCAGGUGGGAGAGACCUCACCUAUGGUACGAACAGCCCAAGUGUGACGGCAACGCCAGGGCCCACCCGACGAAGCCCAAGGACCCCUACCGGAGCAGGCACCUCCAAGGCUGUCCGGGGGCAAAGAAAACCGAGUUCCUGACGAGUGUUCUGGACGCGCUGUCGACGGACAUGGUGCACGCCGUCACCGACCCGGCGUCUGCCGGGAGGAUGGCCGAGCCCGACCCCAGCCACACCCUGGAGGAGAGGGUGGUGCACUGGUACUUCAGUCAGCUGGACAAGAACUCCAGCGGGGACAUCGGGAAGAAGGAGAUCAAGCCCUUCAAGCGCUUCCUGCGCAAGAAGUCCAAGCCGAAGAAGUGCGUGAAGAAGUUCGUGGAGUACUGCGACGUCAGCAACGACAAGGCGCUGUCCCUGCAGGAGCUGAUGGGCUGCCUGGGCGUGACCAAGGAGGAGGGGGCCAAACCAGGAGAGGGCCCAGCUUCCAGUAAACUGAACCCGUCCAGGAAACAAGGCUGAGCAUCUGACAUUUCCUUUUGGAGCUUCAACAAUCGGCGAUAACAGAAACCGUAGUAUUUGCACUUUGUACUUUAAAAUAAAAUGUAAAUUCACUUUGUAGAAAUGAGGUAUUUAAACAGAGAAUCUGUGAACGACGUAGUUACCAACACAAACUAUGUAACACAUACAAUGUAUGUGUCCUUUGUGUGUCUGAAAGUACACUUCUCAGAGCUGUACAACUUUUCAUGUCCAUGUUCCUCUUCGUGCCCCCCCCCCCCGCCCUGAUGAUGGUAAAGUGCAUUAUGGGUAGUUAGACCGUCUCAUGUACUGACUUAUAGCUUUUCUUCUUGUGUUUUAACCAUGCAGCAUUAAAACGUCCUCAUGCUCAAGUGUAUCCAUGUUUAUUAGAAAUAAAGACUUCUUUUGUA